AUGGUUCCUGAGGAGGAGAGGAGCUGCGGGGAUGUUGGACCUGGACGUCCUCUCAGUCCAGUGGCUUCUCUGGGUCACGCUCGGGGUUAGUCUGCUGCUCUGGCUCAGGAGGAAGAGUCCAGGCGCUGAUGAACUCUCAGCAUCUGAAUGUCAGAGAGAGACUUCCUCCAGUUUGGCUUCAGCAGGACAUGCUGCCAACUUCAGCUCCAGGACCAUGGCACAACCUCAUCCUACUGACCCCACCAAGAUGGGUGUGGGUCGGGCGAUCGCCGUGCUGACGUCCGGCGGCGAUGCCCAGGGUAUGAAUGCGGCUGUGAGGGCCACAGUUCGAGUGGGUCUUUACACUGGAGCCAAAGUCUAUUUUGUCCAUGAGGGUUACCAGGGUCUGGUGGAUGGAGGGGACAAUAUCCGCCCUGCCACUUGGGAAAGUGUAUCUAUGAUGCUGCAGCUGGGCGGCACUGUGAUUGGGAGCGCCCGCUGUCAGGACUUCCGGACCAAGGAAGGCCGCACUAAAGCCGCCUGCAACCUGGUCAAGCUGGGCAUCACCAACCUGUGUGUGAUCGGGGGUGACGGUAGCCUGACAGGUGCCAACCAGUUCAGAACGGAGUGGAGUGAACUGCUGGCAGAUCUGGUGAAAGCUGGGAAGAUCACCGCCGAUGAAGCAAAAGCCUCCUCUCACCUAAAUAUUGUUGGCAUGGUGGGCUCCAUCGACAAUGACUUCUGCGGCACCGAUAUGACCAUCGGCACUGACUCAGCACUCCAUCGCAUCAUAGAGAUAGUUGACGCCAUCACCACCACUGCUCAGAGCCACCAGAGGACUUUCAUCCUGGAGGUGAUGGGCAGGCACUGCGGCUACCUGGCUCUGGUGACCGCUCUGGCCUGCGGUGCUGACUGGGUCUUCAUCCCAGAGAUGCCCCCAGAUGAGGGAUGGGAGGACCAUCUCUGCAGACGCCUGACAGAUCAAAGAGGCCGUGGCUCCCGUUUGAACAUCAUCAUCGUGGCGGAGGGAGCUAUGGACCGCAGUGGUAAACCUAUCACUUGUGACACAGUAAAACAGCUGGUAUCUAAGAGGCUGGGCUUCGACACUCGUACCACCAUCUUGGGCCAUGUUCAGAGAGGAGGAACACCCUCUGCCUUUGACAGAAUUCUGGCCAGCAGGAUGGGCGUGGAGGCUGUUAUGGCUCUGCUGGAGGCCACACCAGACACUCCUGCCUGUGUGGUCAGCCUGUCUGGAAACAUGGCCGUCAGGCUGCCGCUCAUGGAGUGUGUACAAGUGACUAAGGAUGUAACGGUAGCCAUGGCUGAGGGCCGUUAUGAGGACGCAGUGAAGCUCAGGGGAAAGAGCUUCGAGAACAACUGGAACACUUACAAAAUGCUGGCUCAUGUGCAUCCCCCAGACACCAAGAGUAACAUCAACAUUGCCAUCCUGAACGUCGGAGCUCCAUGCGCUGGAAUGAAUGCUGCUGUGCGUUCAGCUGUCAGGGCUGGACUCCUCCAGGGGCACCAAAUGCUGGCCGUUCAUGACGGCUUUGAUGGCUUGGCCCAUGGAAUGAUUGAACCGAUUGGAUGGUCCGGAGUGGCAGGAUGGACUGGAAAGGGUGGAUCUAUACUGGGAACAAAGAGAACCCUGCCAAAGGAGUUUAUGGAGGAGAUUAGUCUGAACAUUGCCAAGUUCAAUAUUCAUGCUCUGAUCAUUAUCGGAGGCUUUGAGGCAUUCACAGGUGGUUUGCAGUUGGUGCAAGCAAGGGAGAAGUACGAGGAACUGUGUGUUCCACUCGUCGUUAUCCCCGCCACUGUGUCCAACAAUGUUCCGGGAUCUGACUUUAGUGUUGGUACUGACACUGCCCUCAACACCAUCACCAUGACAUGUGACAGGAUCAAGCAGUCUGCAGCUGGAACCAAGAGAAGAGUUUUCAUUGUUGAGACUAUGGGGGGAUACUGCGGUUACCUGGCAACCAUGGCCGGCCUGGCGUCCGGGGCUGAUGCAGCCUACGUUUAUGAAGACCCUUUCAACAUUCAUGAUCUGGAGGUGAAUGUGGAGCAUCUGGUGGAAAAGAUGAAGACUACAGUGAAGAGAGGACUCAUUCUGAGGAAUGAAAAAUGCAAUCCAAACUACACUACCGACUUCAUCUUCAACCUCUACUCAGAAGAGGGCAAGGGUGUGUUUGACUGCAGGAAGAAUGUCCUUGGACAUAUGCAGCAGGGCGGAACACCCAGUCCUUUUGACAGGAAUUUUGGUACAAAGAUGGGGAUAAAGUCUGUUCUUUGGUUGACUGACAAGCUGAAGGAGUGCUACAGGCAUGGUCGCAUCUUUGCCAACUCUCCGGAUUCGGCCUGCGUGUUGGGCAUGAGGAAAAGAGCUCUGGUGUUCCAGCCUCUUGCAGAACUUAAAGAAGUCACUGACUUUGAACAUCGUCUUCCAAAGUCACAGUGGUGGAUAAAGCUGAGAGACAUUCUGAAAAUCCUGGCCAAGUACAAGAUCAGCCUGGAUACCUCUGAAAUGGCUUCGAUGGAACAUGUCAUCAAGAAGAGAGGCGUCGUUUAACAGCCUUUGCUGUGAUUAUUCAGAACUGGGCAUGGCCUGACUGUCUUAAUUUGAAGCACUUUAUAAUAUUUGCUUGAGGACAGUGCAAUAUGAAUAAAGUAACUACUGGAGA